AAUAGAUUCACGAUGUUGAGUUGCUACGGUGGUUUCUCUUUAUCUAUCUUGAGCAAAACUUGAUAGACGGCAACGAGAUCCUAUUCUAGGCUCAGCCGCUCACUCUCAUUAAUUAUAUCCUACAUCUGACCGAUCCAUUCUUUUAUAUAUUAUUGUUUACUUAAUUGCUUUCAUUCUUUAUCUUAUAAACUUGCACUCAUUAAAAUGAAGCCGGCAACACUCGCUCUCCUCCUUGGCCCUGUGGGCAUUGUAGCCAGGCCAUGUGGUGGCCAUCGUUCUCAGACAGCUUCAUCUACAAUUUCGUCUACAGUUUCUUCGACAACAUAUAAUACUACCGCAUCAUCGACUAGCGAGUCUACUACAGCAACUUCAAUUCCUUCCAUCACUUCCACGACGAUUCCCUCGGUAACUCCUUCCGUUACAUUGUCCACCAGCGAACAGGCUACCUCUUCCACGACGACAUCUGCUGCCCCAACGUCUACUCAAGGUAGCGGCUCCUCAUCUGACAGCAUUGACGAACUAUUCAAGGCGAAGGGCAAGCUUUACUACGGCACCGCAGCUGACUCUGGCACUCUGUCCAAGUCCCAAAAUGCCGCUAUCAUCAAGAAGGACUUUGGGCAACUAACCCCUGAGAAUAGCAUGAAGUGGGAUGCUAUCGAACCAACCCGUGGCGGCUUCAGCUUUGGCGGUGCCGACGCGCUUGUUAACUUUGCCGUGCAGAACGGCCAAAGCAUUCGCGGCCACACUCUCCUCUGGUACCAGCAGCUACCGGACUACGUCAAGGCCAUCACAGAUAAAAAGGAGCUUACCAGCGUCAUUGAGAACCACAUUAGCACCAUUGUCGGAAGAUACAAGGGCAAGAUUCGCUCUUGGGAUGUUGUAAAUGAGGUCUUCACCGAGGAUGGUACCCUCCGCGAUUGUGUCUUUACCCAAGUUCUAGGCGAAGACUUUGUCCGUAUCGCUUUCGAGGCGGCGCACAAGGCGGACCCAGAUGCCAAGCUUUACAUUAACGACUUCCAUCUCGAGAGCGGAACGUCCGCCAAGACCACCACCGGCAUGUUUGAGCACGUAAAGAAGUGGCUCGCUGCCGGCAUCCCGAUCGACGGUAUUGGUAUCCAAGGUCAUCUCGGCGGUGGCAACCCCAGCGCUAGCGCAAUGCAGGCUGGAUUGGAGAAGCUCGCUACGACCGGUGUAAAGGAACUUGCCAUUACCGAGUUAGAUAUCGUCAACGCGUCGGUCGAUGAGUAUGUUAAGGUCACCAAUGCUUGCCUUGCUGUCAAGAAAUGUGUUGGAAUCACCCUAUGGGGCGUGAGCGAUGCUGAUUCGUGGCAAGCAAAGAGUUCACCGCUCCUUUUUAAUACUAGCUACCAGCCCAAACCUGCAUAUGAUGCUAUCGUUAAGGCUCUCGCAUAAGCAGCUUUGUGAUAUCAGUAAUUAAAGCAUAAUGCGCUACUCUGAUGAUGGCGAAUAAUUUUCACGGGCUUGAGCAGUCCAUAAUUGUAAUAGCUGAAGCUAUCUAAAGGCUAGGGUCUCGAUGAGCUACUACGAUAGUUUCCACUUCUCAUUCCUCGAAGUGAUGAGCACAAGGGGAUAUGAACCGAAUUAACACAUAAAUUAACUGUAAUUUAAUCGUAAUCUAUUUACUAGUCAACGAUAUCACAGCGACCAAUGAAGAAAUUAACCCUUCU